AUGAAUUCCCGUGUGAAACGUAUCGUAGAAACCCGUCAAGCUGCCGCUGUGGUCGAGCGUCAAGGAGCUCGACGAUGGAACAAACACCACCCUGGUCCAAAAAUGGUAGGGAAAAAUAAUCUCAAUACAUCGACCGUAAAUUCCCGCGUGAGACGUAUCGUAGAAACCCGCCAAACAGCCGCUCUAGUCGAACGUCAAGAAGCUCGCGAGUGGGUUAAAAGUCUCCUGAGUCGACGCCUACCAUCACACGUAAAUGAGCUUAGCAGUGAUGUGGUGAAAGAUCUCCACGUCAUGAGGGAAAUAGGACAGGGAAAGAAUGGCAUUGUAUCGCUCAUCCGGCAUGAGGGUGAGCUCAGGGCUAUGAAGGUACUCAAGGAUGCGGAUUUCGAAAUAUUGUUAGAGGAGAUCCAGAUGCUCAGAAAAGUGAACGGAGCUGGUGGUGCCCCUGUUUUGCAUGGCGUUUGUAUCGAUCCCUUUAUCAUUAUCCAGUCAUAUGUAGGGAUGCCAUACGAAAAAUACUUGUCACGUUGCCCACCUAAUAAGGUUCUCUUCUCCCUGGUAAAACUUGGUGAAAGAUUAUCAGAAAUUCACCAGAACAAUUUGUCACACAACGAUUUGAAAAUAAACAACGUUACCGUCACCUUGCUGCCAGGUGGUGAGGCCGACAUACAUAUUAUCGACUUUGGUGAAUGCAGCGGAUUCGGUAUCCCUUUAGACGAGCAAUACUCUGCAAAAGAGGAUAUGCGCAUCUACUGGGUUGCCCCAGAAGUGAAGAGGGGUGGUGUCAUCACACGCGCCUCAGACGUUUUUUCAUUCGGACACAUAAUUCAUAAAAUCUAUUCAGAGUUCACGAGCUUUAACGAUUCCGUUAAAACUCGGCUUCUCGAUUUGUAUCUGAGCGCCACCAAAGUCGACCCCGAAGUCAGGUUAUCACUGGAUGACCUAAUCGGUCAUUUGACCGAACUGGCUCACCAAAACCAGUGA